GCCGCACUUCCGGAACUAGUCCGGAAGAUACGGUCGUUGAAAGCAGAAGUGCGCCAAUUUCAAACGAACUGCGAUGUCCGCGAAAUAUUUCGUAAACAACAACAACCACGGUAGUGAUGAUGGUGAUGGGUUUGGCAGGGGGUCAUUGGCAGGAUAUGAGCCGGUGCCCAAGUUCUAUGCCGGCAAGGAUGUGUUUUUGACCGGGGGAACCGGAUUUAUGGGCAAAGUGUUGAUCGAGAAGCUGCUCCGAUCCUGUCCGGAAGUGCGGCGCAUCUACGUGCUGAUGCGGUGCAAGAAGGGCAAAACGCCGGAAGCGCGGGUCCAGGAGAUGACCAACAAUCCGUUCUUCGCAUGUCUCAAAAAACAAGAUCCCACCGCCCUCAAAAAGCUGGUGCCGGUAUACGGUGACUGCAUGAAGCUGCGGCUGGGGAUGUCCCCGGAGGACAUUCAGCGGCUGCAGAGCGUAGCGAUUGUGUUCCACCUGGCGGCCAGCGUACGCUUCAACGAUCCCCUCAAGGAUGCCAUCCUCACCAACGUGCUGUCGACGAGGGAAAUGUUCGAAAUCUGCCUGGGGCUGCCGGCCCUGGAAGCUGUCGUUCAUGUUUCGACCGCUUUCAGCAAUCCGGAACAGAAACAGAUGGAGGAAAGGCUGUAUCAACCCAAGGCAGACUGGAAAAGAAUGCUUGAAUGUGCCCUCAAAUUCGACAGCCAAAUGCUCAAUAUUUUGACAGAAAAAAUUACAAAUUUCGCACCUAACACCUACACAUUCACCAAAGGCCUUGCCGAGCAAGUUUGUAAAGACUACCAGAACCAGCUACCACUGGUAAUUUUCCGUCCAUCGGUUGUAGUAAACACCAUCGAUGAACCGAUCGUCGGAUGGAUCGACAACUUCAACGGACCAUCCGGUAUGCUAGUCGGUGCCGGAACCGGAGUCGUUCGGACCAGUUUGAUGCCGAUUGAUAAUCGGCUGAACACCAUUCCGGCGGACAUUUCCAUCAAGGGUCUCAUAUUGGCCGCUUGGCGGCGUGGCACUCGAGAACAAGCCUUCCGGGAUCAGUUCCUACCGAUCUACAACAGUGCCGUGGAAUACGAACAUUCCUGGCACUUCAAGAAGAUGCUCGACUGUGGGAAAGAAAACAUGACCAAGAUGUCCUUCAAUAGGUUGCUGUGGGUUCCUGGGGGGUCUCCGACGACUUCCAAGUUCAAAUACUUCCUUCUGGUGCUGUUUACACACAUCCUACCUGCAAUACUGGUAGAUACCCUGUGUAUUCUUUUGAGGAAACCUCCAUUCCUUUUGAAAGUUCAGCGUAAGGUCCUUCUGAUGGAAGCUUCUCUGCGUUACUUUAUCCACAACCAAUGGAACUUCGAAACUGAAAGAUUCCGAUCGUUGAGAGAUGAUCUCCGAGGAGAUGAUAUAUCUACAUUCAGUUGGCACUUAUCAGAAGAAAAAAUCGAUCAAUACUACCUGGACUGUUGGCAUGGGGUUCGGAAGUAUCUGCUCAACGAGCCGGACGAAACGUUGCCGGAAACGAAUCGGCGAAUGGAGCGGCUGAUUAUCGUUGAUCGGUUUCUGAAAAUUGCGUUCUGCCUGCUGGUAGGUUAUCUCAUCGUGAAAAGUUCGCUGUUUCACAGCUUGGAAACCAAGCUGGUGCGUUUUGCUCGGUGAGGUUAGGUCGGGUGGCGUAGGUUGUUGUAAAUAAUUUAUUUUUUUUUUGAAAUAUACUGUUUUGAGCAAA